AACUAAUACGGAGUAGAGACGAAUUACGGGUAUAUGUGAUUUUAUGUCUGAUCAAAUAUUAUGUUUAGUUGCCAAAAAUCCAAAAACUAAAGAAAAAAAUAAGUUGAGAAAUUGUUAAAAUCUUCUUCUUCCCCAAACUGAAGAAGUGAGAAAAACCCUUAAAUCCCACCUUUCUGCCAUUGCUGCAACUUCAAGAAUCACCACUAACCUCAGCAAUGGCACAAACAAAUUUUCACCCUUCACACAAUCAAUCACUCAACCAAAUACUUCGCAGUUUCAAACAAGUUAGGAUCGAUUACAUCAAUCCUCUGUAUCCGUUUAGCUCUAUUCAGACUCAUUCCAUUAAAAAGAUUCCUCUUUUCCGAAUGCCCAUAUCGGAAAAAUCAUGUAUUUACUUGAAUUUCACUUCAAAACCCAAAUGGGUAUUCACUAAUUCUAACAUUCCAUCUCCAGAAUGGGUGAAUUUUCCUCUUUUUCGAGUUCCCAAAUCCAAAAAACCGUAUUUUUAUGUAAAUUUCACUUCAAAACCCAAAUGGGUAUUCACUGGUUCUAACCUUCCACCUCCAGAAUGGGUGCAGCCAUUCGUUGAUCUUUCUGACUUAGUUACAGACCGAAAAGAUCUCAAACCGUCGCCAUGGGUGUCUCAAAUUUUGAAUCUUUUAGAUAAUUCACCAUUGAUGGAGCAGAAUUUAGAUGUUUAUUGUUGCAAAUUUCUCAUUAAAUUAUCGCCUAGUUUUGUUGCAUAUGUAUUGAAGUCAGAUUACCUUACAGGUAAACCCGAUAUCGCGUUUCGUUUCUUUUAUUGGGCUGGUAAGCAAAAAGGGUAUGCUCAUAAUUUUGAAUGCUAUGUGUUUUUAGUUAAGAUUUUAUCUGCUUCACGUGAAUUGGAUAGGAUUAAGCAUGUGUUUAGUGAAUUUAAGCAUAAAGGUUUCUUGAUGAAUGUGGCAGCUGUUAAUUCUUUGAUUAGGAGUUUUGGAGAACUUGGGAUGGUUGAAGAAUUAUUAUUUGUGUGGCGACAAAUGAAAGAAAAUGGUAUUGAGCCUAGUUUAUAUACCUAUAACUUUUUGAUGAAUGGACUGGUGAAUUCCAUGUUUAUUGAAUCUGCUGAACGCGUUUUUGAGGUUAUGGAAAGCGGGAAAGUUAAUCCGGAUAUUGUUACGUAUAAUACUAUGAUUAAGGGGUACUGCAGAUCUGGGAAGCUUCAAAAAGCAAUGGAGAAAUUUAGAGAUAUGGAGGUUAGGAAAGUAGAGCCUGACAAGAUUACCUACAUGACUCUGAUGCAAGCGUGUUACGCGGAGGGAGAUUUUGAUUUUUGUUUGGGACUCUAUCACGAAAUGGAAGAAAAGGACUUGGAUAUUCCACCACACGCUUAUACAUUAGUGAUUGGAGGGCUUUGUAAAAUGGGGAAGGUUUUGGAAGGGUUUACUGUUUUUGAAAAUAUGAUCAAGAAAGGUUUUAGACCUAAUCUGUCAAUUUAUACUGCUCUAAUUGAUUCAUACAUGAAACAUGGAAACUUGGAUGAGGCUAUGAGACUUUUUGAUAGAAUGAAGAAUGAAGGAUUUGAACCGGAUGAGGUAACAUUUGGGGUUAUUGUAAAUGGCUUAUGCAAGAGUGAGAGGUUGGAUGAGGCCAUGCAGUGGCUUGAGUACUGUAAAAAUAACAAUGUAGCUAUCAAUGCCAUGUUUUAUUCAAGUCUUAUUGAUGGUCUAGGAAAGGCAGGGAGAGUUGAUGAGGCCAGAGAACUCUUUGAGGAGAUGGCUGAGAAGGGAUGUACACGUGAUUCUUAUUGUUAUAAUGCGCUUAUCGAUGCCUUGGCCAAAAAUGGGAAAAUUGAUGAAGCUUGGGUACUUUUUAAGAGAAUGGAUGAUGAAGGUUGUGAUCAAACAGUUUAUACAUACACAAUAUUGAUCAGCGGCAUGUUUAAAGAACAUCAAAAUGAAGAAGCACUUAAAUUGUGGCAUAUGAUGAUUGAUAAGGGUAUAACUCCAAAUGCUGCUUCUUUUCGAGCCCUUUCAACCGGGCUUUGUCUUUCUGGCAAGGUGGCAAGAGCAUGUAAAAUAUUGGAUGAGAUGGCACCAAUGGGUGUUAUCCUGGAGACAGCUUUUGAAGAUAUGAUAAAUGUUCUAUGCAAGGCAGGUCGUUUAAAAGAGGCUUGCAAAUUAGCUGAUGGGAUUGUGGAUAGAGGUCGAGAAAUUCCUGGAAAAGUUCGUACUGUUUUAAUUAAUGCAUUGAGGAAAACAGGGAAUGCUGAUAUGGCAGUGAAGUUGAUGCAUAGUAAGAUUGGCAUUGGAUAUGACAGGAUGGGUAGCAUUAAAAGGAGAGUAAAGUUUCGAGUUUUGGUUGAAAGCUGAGGCAUUGGAUAAAGGGUAGCAUUAAAAGGAGAGUAAAGUUUCGAGCUAUGGUUGAAAGGUGAGGUGAAAACUGGAUAUUAGGGUUACUAUUGGGACAUCCAAGUUUGCUAUUAUGCUGUCAUGCGUGGUUAUUAGUGAAAUAUUCUGAGGCAAAAUAGACAUAGAUGUGACUGGAGAAGUAAUGAACAAGUCAUUUGACAAAGCUAUGCAUAUCUGCCAAUUUAUGGAGUUCUAACAAGCAAAGCAAGAGGUAAAGUUGAUUGAAAAUUUUGUCAAUAGAGUGUCUGAACAAUUCAUGUUGCUUGCGUUAGAUCUGCCUUCUUUUUGUUGAAACUGGAAGUAGUGUAGGGUAGCCUGACAGUCAACUCAUAAGAUUUAUGCCUACACCUUAUACUUUCUAUCAGUUGAUUCAGCAGUUCUUGCAAUUCAUUCAAAUAUGGGUACUCCCAGACAACUUAUCUCAUAUUUGUUGUAAAAGAGGUACUAUCACAAUUCCAGGCUCCAGUUUCUGAAGUAAUAAGCAGCUGGUAGAAUGCUUAUGUUUCUUCUUGGAGGUGGUAAAUGAUCACACAAUAACUGUGCUUUAAUCUUAAACCAUGUAUUGGAACUUAAGGACAUCCUACCUUGCCAGAUACUGCACAGAAGCUGAAAUUCAAACGCUUAUGGCUGUUGGCCUUUUUGGUGUAAUAUAUAUGAUGUAAAGGAUGAACAAUCUUAAACCAUGUAUUGAACUUUAGGACUUCCUACCCUGCCAGAUACUACACAGAUGUUGAAAUUCAAAUGUUUGUAGCUGUUGGUGUAAUAUGUAUAAUACAAAAGAUGAACGUAGCAUGCUAAAUUUCAUAGGACCUUUACAGGAAUGGGUUUUUGUAGAGCAGGAUUCCUUCUGUUUUUGUUUUUUGCAAUGAAGGAUCUCUAACCAGUGUACUGCCUUUGCACUAUCAUGGUUUAGGCUGCUCUAUUUAUAUAUUUACCUACCUAUUCAAUUUUGAGCAUAAUUCUUUUCUUUCCAAUUUUUCACUUGUCAAUUUUGAGGGCAAGGACAAAAGUCUAAGUUCACUUCUCCAAUAGGGGUCUCAGAAGCAAUGUAAAUUUUUCUUGAUAACUCAGCAAGAAUAUUACUAAUUACAAAAACCAGCUAUAAGAUAUGAUGAGAGUAUGCAAAAGCUGACGCAGUCAGGUUUUCCCUACUAAUCCUGUAGUGAGGUCAGAAAUCUCACUAGGUAUCCACUUCAUUCACAUUCUGAAGAUUACAUCAGAUAGUGACUACAUACAAGCACUUGAAUUCAAAUGCUUGCAUGCAAGAAGAAAUAUUUGAUAUGGGGAUAGGGAAGUGGGAGCUAAAACCCAGCAGCAGAUGUAACUAAUAUUUUCAGCAGGCAUUUCCUGUACAACAAGUAAAAGACACAUUGUCGUUUGGAACUUGGAGUGGACCCUUGGUGCACCUAUGAAGACUGGAGCAAUGUGACCAACUUGUUUGUUUCCAAGUCAUUUCUGAGGUAAAAUGUUCUUGAGAUCUUUUAUCUAGGAUGACUAAUUAAAUUUAUUGGCACAUAUGAGAACAUUACGAGGGAUAGUCGUACAGAAGUAGCAGCAGGACAUUGAGACUUAAAAUAAUGCCUACAUGUUGUCCUUUUUCCACUGCUGUACAUUUGUUUUUGUACAUUGGUUGAGUGGCAAAGAGAAUUUUGCACUGUGCUCUGUCAUCUUUGUUUUCUAACGUCUAACAUCACUCGAAGGAGCUGCUUUUCAGUUAAAAACAUCCACAACUGCAGUCACUGUAAUAGGACCAAUUUGCAUGUUCUACCAUCUGUGACAUUUGUAGGUAUAUACCUCUAUUGCUUAUCCAUUCCAGUGUUGUCACAGUCGUGUUUAAGCCUUGAAACGAGGCUCAAAAUGUGUAGAUCGGUUUGCCUUGCUUAAUGUGCCCUUUAGUGUGGUCAUCAAGGUUCUAAGGCAUAUUUUUUCUAGCCAACUCUCUUCUUCCUGAGAGACAACAUAAAAAAUUAAUAUUUUACUUUAUUGUAAUUUCUUUUCAA